AUGGCGAAGAAAAGGUCUUGUUGUAGACGCGUAUUCAGUUUGGCUUCAUUCUGGUCGACUCACCAAUACCAGGAAACCCCCCAGUGCUGUUUCAGUUUCUAUCAAUUUUGGUUUCAUUUUCGUCAGACGACUGAGAAAUUGAACACGGUCUUGUUUUUGACGCGUAUUCAGUCUGGCUUCAUUUUGGUCGACUCACCAAUAGCACUUUUCAGAGGAAAAGGUCCUGUUAUUGACGCGUAUUCAAUUUGGUUCCAUUCUGGUCGACUCACCAAAACCAGGAAACUCAGUUUCUAUCACUUUGGGUUUCACUUUUAAGAGAAGACUGACAAACUGAACUCGGUAAGUUUAUAAACUGUAAGCUAUUUGUGACUAGCAGCGUGCACAUACACAAGAUCUAGAGUUUACAUUGGAAGA